AUGUCGAAGGCGCCAACUGAGCUUGAACCAUGGCCAGCUUUCAUUGAGGAAAGAAUUAAGCUUUGGGACAAGUUAAAACUCGAAUAUGACGCGGAAAUCGCAGCUAAAGUGUCGGAGCCGAUUGAGAUUACACUGCCGGACGGAAAAGUUCAUGACGGCAAAUCCUGGCGUACUACUCCUUUCGAGAUUGCUGAGAAAAUCUCCAAGGGGCUUGCUGAGGCUGCCGUUAUUUCUAAGGUCAAUGGAGUUGUUUGGGAUUUGGACCGUCCUUUCGAAGGAAACGCAACUUUGGAACUUUUGAAGUUUGAGGAUGAUGAGGCCAAGCAGGUCUUCUGGCAUUCUUCUGCCCAUGUUCUCGGAGAAGCCAUGGAGCGAUAUUGUGGAGGACAUCUUUGUUAUGGACCACCGAUUGAGGAAGGUUUCUACUAUGACAUGUGGCACGAGAAUCGUACAAUCAGCCCGGAAGACUUUCCGAAAAUUGACCAGAUCGUGAAAGCUGCAGUGAAAGAUAAGCAGAAGUUUGAACGUCUUGAAAUGACAAAGGAAAAUCUCUUGGAGAUGUUCAAGUAUAACGAGUUCAAGGUUCGUAUUAUCAAAGAAAAAAUCAACACCCCCAAAACCACUGUCUACCGAUGUGGACCACUCAUCGAUUUGUGCCGUGGCCCACAUGUUCGUCACACCGGAAAAGUGAAGGCAAUGGCUAUCACGAAAAACUCAUCGUCUUAUUGGGAGGGUAAAGCUGAUGCUGAAUCAUUGCAACGCCUUUAUGGAAUUUCUUUCCCGGAUUCCAAACAACUGAAAGAAUGGCAAAAAUUGCAAGAAGAAGCAGCGAAAAGAGAUCAUCGUAAACUCGGAAAAGAACAAGACUUGUUCUUCUUCCACCCGCUUUCACCUGGAUCCGCUUUCUGGUAUCCAAAGGGAGCUCAUAUCUACAACAAAUUGGUUGAUUUCAUCAGAAAACAAUACAGAAGACGUGGAUUCACUGAAGUCAUCACCCCGAAUAUGUACAACAAGAAAUUGUGGGAGACUUCGGGACAUUGGCAGCAUUAUUCAGAAGAUAUGUUCAAAAUUGAAGUAGAGAAAGAAGAGUUUGGAUUAAAACCAAUGAACUGUCCUGGACAUUGUCUUAUGUUCGGUCAUAUGCCACACACAUACAACGAGCUUCCAUUCCGUUUCGCCGAUUUCGGUGUCUUGCAUAGAAAUGAGAUGUCUGGUGCCCUCACCGGACUCACACGUGUUCGUCGUUUCCAACAAGACGACGCUCACAUUUUCUGCCGUAAGGAUCAAAUUGCCGAAGAAAUCAAGCAAUGCCUCGACUUCCUCGAGUACGCGUAUGAGAAAGUAUUCGGUUUCACUUUCAAAUUGAACUUGUCCACAAGACCAGAAGGUUUCCUUGGAGAAAUUGAGACAUGGAACCAAGCCGAAGCCGAUCUCACUGAAGCGCUGAAUGCUACUGGAAGAAAGUGGGCUCUCAAUCCAGGAGAUGGAGCUUUCUACGGACCAAAAAUCGACAUUACUAUCCAAGAUGCAUUGAAGAGAAAUUUCCAAUGCGCUACCAUUCAACUUGACUUCCAGCUUCCAAACCAAUUUGACCUGUCGUAUUUUGAUGAGAAAGGAGAAAAGCAACGGCCAGUUAUGAUUCAUCGGGCUGUUCUCGGAUCCGUUGAAAGAAUGACCGCAAUUCUUACUGAAAGCUAUGGAGGAAAAUGGCCGUUCUGGCUUUCACCAAGACAGUGUAAAAUCAUCACUGUUCACGAGUCUGUCAGGGAUUAUGCUAGUGAUGUCAAGAAGAAGAUCUUCGAAGCUGGAUUUGAAGUUGAAUACGAUGCCACCUGUGGGGAUACCAUGAACAAGCAGGUACGAAACUCGCAACUGGCUCAAUUCAAUUUCAUUCUCGUAAUCGGAGCUAAAGAAAAAGAGAACGGAACCGUAAAUGUUCGUACAAGAGACAAUGCUGUCCGUGGAGAAGUUCCACUAGAGAAAUUGCUCUCAAAGUUCAGAAGAUUCGCCGACGAACAUGUGGCUGACACCGAGAAGGCUGAAGAGUGGGAGUAA